AGAAGUCAACUUAAUAACGAAUCAAAUUUUCCCACCAGAUCCUUUCCUUUUUAUAUAAAUUACAACGGCAAAUAGAAAAUGCUCCCCCUUUGAAACUCGCCGCUCACAGAACCCUCAACUCCGCCGUGAAGAUGCUCUGUUCUGGCCGGAUUCUAAUCGUUUCUCACGCGCCGACGCCGUUCUAUUCAUCCCACUCCAACUCCCACUCCAGAUUAUAUCUUCAUGUAAAACUGAAAACUAACCUCAAAAAAUGGCGAUCCACGGCGUCAGACGCCGAAGCCGACCCCUCCUUUUCCGCUUCCGCCGAUUCCGAUUCCGAUUCCGAUUCCGAUUCACCAGCCAAAAUAAAUUCCUCCACGUUUUGUAUAAUCGAAGGGCCGGAAACGGUCCAGGACUUUGCUACAAUGGAAUUACAGGAAAUUCAGGAUAAUAUUCGGAGUCGACGAAAAAAAAUCUUUUUGCACAUGGAGGAGGUUCGUCGGCUUAGAGUACAGCAAAGAAUAAAAAACACGGAGCUUGGGAUUGUAAAGGAAGAGGAAGAAAACGAGCUUCCGAAUUUCCCUUCGUUCAUCCCAUUUUUGCCUCCUCUGAAUUCUACGAACCUCAAACAAUACUAUGCUUCGUGUUUUUCACUUAUUGCCGGGAUAAUGCUAUUUGGCGGACUUCUAGCACCUACCCUGGAGCUGAAACUUGGAAUCGGGGGUACAUCAUAUGCUGAUUUUAUUCGCAAUAUGCAUCUCCCGAUGCAAUUGAGUGAAGUUGAUCCCAUUGUGGCAUCGUUCUCGGGAGGAGCGGUUGGAGUAAUAUCCGCCUUGAUGGUGGUCGAGAUGAACAAUGUGAAGCAGCAGGAGCACAAGCGAUGCAAGUACUGUCUUGGUACAGGAUAUCUUGCUUGUGCUCGCUGUUCAAACAGUGGAUCACUUGUUCUUAUCGAACCAGUCUCGACAUUAGAUGACGGGGAUCGGCCCCUCUCACUGCCUAAAACACAAAGGUGUUCUAACUGUUCAGGCUCCGGAAAGGUGAUGUGCCCCACGUGCCUUUGCACAGGAAUGGCUAUGGCAAGUGAGCACGACCCACGCAUCGACCCGUUUGACUGAUCGUUACUGCUUCAAGAUAUGAAAACCGAAACCAUAGUUUUUAGUUAUACCCUUACGGUUAGAAUGUAGCAUGUUAUGUGAGGGCAAGUAUUGGCAUCAACAUCCAGAUUUAGUCUUAGUGAUAUAUAAAUAAUGCUGUUAACAUAUAGUAAGGACAGAAUUUGAGUUUAUUAAUUAUUGCAAAUUUAAAAGAA